UGCUCACAGCGCCCGCCGGGAGCGCUGGUCCAGCCCGGCCACCGCGGCCGCCGCCCAGCCCGUGCUCGCCGUCCAGGUGCAAAAUGCCGUGUCAUGGGGAGAGUCUGCGGCCGGAGCAUUGAAUUACAGCCCAGCCGAGCCCGGUAGGACGGAGAAGGUGGAGGAAGAGCGGAGGCCCCCGAGCUCCCCCAGGGCGCGCUGAGCGGCGGGGCCAGCGCAGCGGGAGCGGGGACGGAAGGCCGCCCCUCGGAGCCGCCCGGCCUGGCUGCUCCUCUUUAGGGCAGGUCUGCGAGGGGAGCCAGUGCUCUGGGCCGCGCUCUCCAGGGAGGCACCCUCGCCGCGCCCUUCCCCGGCCCUCUCCGCGCCCUGGGGCCAGGGCCCUAACUCGUGCCAGUCAUGCUGAGGGUCUUCAUCCUCUACGCCGAGAAUGUGCGAACCCCGGACACCGACAUCAGCGAUGCCUACUGCUCCGCGGUGUUUGCAGGGGUGAAGAAGAGAACCAAAGUCAUCAAGAACAACGUGAACCCGGUGUGGAAUGAGGGCUUUGAGUGGGACCUCAAGGGCAUCCCCCUGGACCAGAGCUCCGAGCUGCAUGUGGUGGUCAAAGACCAUGAGACGAUGGGGAGGAACAGGUUCCUGGGGGAAGCCAAGAUCCCACUCCGGGAGGUCCUCGCCACCCCCAGCCUGUCUGCCAGCUUCAAUGCCCCGCUGCUGGACACCAAGAAGCAGCCCACAGGGGCCUCACUGGUCCUGCAGGUGUCCUACACGCCGCUCCCCGGAGCUGUGCCCCUCUUCCCACCUACCACUCCUCUGGACCCCUCCCCGACUCUGCCUGACCAGGAUAUGAUGGCUGGUGGGGGACAGAGCCGGGCAGAGACGUGGUCCCUGCUCAGUGACAGCACUGUGGACACAAGAUACUCGGGGAAGAAGUGGCUGGCCCCCACGGACACAGGAGGAGAGGAGGACACGGAGGACCAGGGCCUCACGGGAGAUGAGGCAGAGCCCUUCCUGGACCAGACCGGCCCCCCAGACCCGGGGGCUCCUUCCACGCCCAAGAAGCCAGCUUCCCACCCUCCCCCGUACCACCCGGGGAAUAAAAGGAAGAGAGGGGCUCCCGCUCCCCGGAAGGUGCUGUCGGACAAGCCGCAGGACUUCCAGAUCAGGGUCCAGGUGAUCGAGGGGCGCCAGCUGCCAGGGGUGAACAUCAAGCCUGUGGUCAAGGUCACUGCCGCUGGGCAGACCAGGCGGACGCGGAUCCACAAGGGAAACAGCCCCCUCUUCAAUGAGACUCUGUUCUUCAACGUGUUUGACUCUCCAGCGGAGCUGUUCGAUGAGCCCAUCUUCAUCACGGUGGUGGACUCCCGUUCCCGCAGGACUGACGCUCUCAUCGGGGAGUUCCGGAUAGAUGUGGGUGCCGUCUACAGAGAGCCCCGACACGCCUAUCUCAGGAAGUGGCUGCUGCUCUCAGACCCCGAUGAUUUCUCCGCUGGGGCCAGAGGCUACCUGAAAGCAAGCCUGUGUGUGCUGGGGCCUGGAAACGAAGCGCCUCUGGAGAGAAAGGACCCCUCAGAAGACAAGGAGGACAUCGAAGGCAACCUGCUCCGGCCGACCGGCGUGGCCCUCCGAGGGGCGCACUUCUGCCUGAAGAUCUUCAGGGCCGAGGACUUACCGCAGAUGGACGAUGCCGUGAUGGACAACGUGAAGCAGCUCUUCGGCUUUGACAGCAACAAGAAGAACUUGGUGGAUCCCUUCAUGGAGGUCAGCUUCGCAGGGAAAAUGCUCUGCAGCAAAAUCCUGGAGAAGACGGCCAACCCUCAGUGGAACCAGAGCAUCACGGUGCCUGCCAUGUUUCCCUCCAUGUGUGAGAAAAUGAGGAUUCGUAUCAUGGACUGGGACCGCCUUACCCACAAUGACAUCGUGGCCACCACCUACCUGAGUAUGUCGAAGAUCUCUGCCCCUGGCGGCGAAAUAGAAGAGGAGCCUGCAGGUGUGGCCAAGCCUCCUCCAGCCUCGGACAUGGACGACCAUCUGGGCUUCCUGCCCACCUUUGGGCCCUGCUACGUCAACCUCUACGGCAGUCCCAGGGAGUUCACCGGCUUCCCGGACCCUUAUGCAGAACUCAACAUGGGCAAGGGGGAAGGUGUGGCCUACCGAGGCCGGGUGCUGCUGUCCCUGGAGACCAAGCUGGUGGAGCACUGCGAGCAGAAGGUGGAGGAUCUCCCCGCAGACGACAUUCUCCGGGUGGAGAAGUACCUCCGAAGGCGCAAGUAUUCCCUCUUCGCGGCCUUCUACUCAGCGUCCAUGCUGCAGGACGUCGACGAUGCCAUUCAGUUCGAGGUCAGCAUCGGGAACUACGGCAACAAGUUCGAUAACACCUGCCUGCCGCUGGCCUCCACCACCCAGUACAGCCGGGCGGUCUUUGACGGCUGCCACUACUACUACCUCCCCUGGGGCAACGUGAAGCCCGUGGUGGUGCUGUCGUCUUACUGGGAGGACAUCAGCCACAGGAUCGAGGCGCAGAACCAGCUGCUCAGGAUCGCUGACCGGCUGGAAGCCGGCCUGGAGCAAGUCCACUUGGCCCUGAAGGUGCAGUGCUCCUCCGAGGACAUGGACGCCCUGGUGGCUCAGCUGAUGGAUGAGCUCAUCGCAGACUGCAGCCAGCCCCUGAGCAAUGUCCAAGAGAGGCCCUCUGCCACCUACCUGGACCAGUACCUGUACAAGCUGCGCACCCGUCACCUGAGUCAGAUCACCGAGGCGGCCUUGGACCUGAAGCUUGGCCACUAUGAGCUCCCCGCUAUCUUGGAGCAGGCUGAGGACUGGCUCCUGCGUCUCCGGACCCUGGCAGAUGAGCCCCAGAACAGCCUGCCCGACAUCGUGAUCUGGAUGCUGCAGGGAGACAAGCGGGUGGCGUACCAGCGGGUGCCCGUCCACGAGGUCCUCUUCUCCCGGCGGGGCGCCAGCUACUGUGGCAAGAAUUGCGGGAAGCUGCAGACGAUCUUCCUGAAAUAUCCGAUGGAGGAUGUGCCCAGAGUCCGGAUGCCAGUGCAGAUACGGGUGAAGCUCUGGUUCGGGCUCUCUGUGGAUGAGAAGGAGUUCAACCAGUUUGCCGAGGGCAAGCUCUCCGUCUUUGCUGAGACUUAUGAGAACCAGACCAAGCUGGCCCUGGUCGGGAACUGGGGCACGACGGGCCUUACCUACCCCAAGUUUUCUGAUGUCACGGGCAAGAUCAAGCUACCCAAGGACAGCUUCCGCCCCUCGGCCGGCUGGGCCUGGGCUGGAGAUUGGUUCGUGUGUCCAGAGAAGACCCUGCUCUAUGACACUGAUGCGGGCCACCUGAGCUUCGUGGAGGAGGUGUUUGAGAACCAGACCCGGCUCCCUGGAGGCCAGUGGAUCUACAUGAGUGACAACUACACGGACGUGAAUGGGGAGAAGGUGCUUCCCAAGGAGGACAUCGAGUGCCCUCUCGGCUGGAAGUGGGAAGAUGAAGAGUGGUCCACCGACCUCAAUCGGGCCGUGGACGAGCAAGGCUGGGAGUACAGUAUCACCAUCCCUCCGGACCGGAAGCCGAGGCACUGGGUCCCUGCCGAGAAGAUGUACUACACCCAUCGUCGGCGGCGCUGGGUCCGCCUGCGCAGGAGGGACAUCAGCCAGAUGGAGGCGCUGAAGAAGCAUAGGCAGGCAGAGGCCGAGGGCGAGGGCUGGGAGUACGCCUCGCUCUUCGGCUGGAAGUUUCACCUGGAGUACCGCAAGACGGACGCCUUCCGCCGCCGCCGCUGGCGCCGCCGCAUGGAGCCGCUGGAGAAGACGGGGCCUGCAGCUGUGUUCGCCCUCGAGGGGGCCCUGGGCGGUGUGGUGGAUGACAGGAGUGAGGAUUCCCGGUCCGUCUCCACCUUGAGCUUUGGCGUGAACAGACCCACGAUUUCCUGCAUCUUCGACUACGGGAACCGCUACCAUCUGCGCUGCUACAUGUACCAGGCCCGGGACCUGCCUGCGAUGGACAAGGACUCUUUCUCUGAUCCCUACGCAAUCGUCUCCUUCCUGCACCAGAGCCAGAAGACGGUGGUGGCGAAGAACACCCUGAACCCCACCUGGGACCAGACGCUCAUCUUCUACGAGAUCGAGAUCUUCGGCGAGCCGGCCACCAUCGCUGAGCAGCCGCCCAGCAUCGUGGUGGAGCUGUACGACCAAGACACCUAUGGUGCAGACGAGUUUAUGGGACGCUGCAUCUGUCAGCCGAGUCUGGACCGGAUGCCCCGGCUGGCCUGGUUCCCCCUGACUCGGGGAAGCCAGCCGGCAGGUGAGCUGCUGGCCUCUUUUGAGCUCAUCCAGAGAGAGAAGCCGGCCAUCCACCACAUUCCUGGCUUUGAGGUACAGGAUACAUCACGGAUCCUGGAAGAGCUGUGUGCACCUGCCUUCUUCCUCCAGGGCCUCCUCCAAACGGCCAGGGAGCAUGGCAGCGUGGCUGUGCCAUUGGGCCGGAGUGACAGCGGGGGCUGGCUGCGAAGGCUGAGGCUGGAGCGAGCUGGUGUGUUUCUCCUGCUGCUCCAAGGACCCGUGUCAGAGCAUCUCAUCUACAUGGUUCCCCAGAACAUCAAGCCAGUUCUCCAGCGGACCGCCAUCGAGAUCCUGGCAUGGGGCCUGCGGAACAUGAAGAGUUACCAGCUGGCCAAUGUCUCCUCCCCCAGCCUUGUGGUGGAGUGCGGGGGCCAGACGGUACAGUCCUGUGUCAUCAGGAACCUCCGGAAGAACCCCAACUUUGACAUCUGCACCCUCUUCAUGGAAGUGAUGCUGCCCAGGGAGGAGCUCUACUGUCCCCCCAUCGUGAUCAAGGUCAUUGAUAACCGCCAGUUUGGCCGCCGGCCUGUGGUCGGUCAGUGUACCAUCCGCUCUCUGGAGAGCUUCCUGUGUGACCCCUACUCAGGGGAGAGUGCAUCCCCACAGGGUGGCCCAGAUGAUGUGAGCUUACUCAGUCCUGGGGAAGAUGUGCUCAUUGACAUUGACGAUAAGGAGCCCCUCAUCCCCAUCCAGGAGGAGGAGUUCAUCGAUUGGUGGAGCAAAUUCUAUGCCUCGAUCGGGGAGAGGGAAAAGUGUGGCUCCUACUUGGAGAAGGACUUUGACACUCUAAAGGUCUAUGACACACAACUGGAGAAUGUGGAGGCCUUUGAGGGCCUGUCUGACUUUUGUAACACCUUCAAGCUCUACCGGGGCAAGACUCAGGAGGAAAUGGAGGACCCAUCUGUCAUUGGGGAAUUUAAGGGCCUUUUCAAAAUUUAUCCCCUCCCAGAAGACCCAUCCAUCCCCAUACCCCCAAGACAGUUCCACCAGCUGGCUGCCCAGGGGCCCCAGGAGUGCCUGGUCCGCAUCUAUAUUAUCCAAGCAUUUGGCCUGCAGCCCAAGGACCCCAAUGGGAAGUGUGACCCUUACGUCAAGAUUUCCAUAGGGAAGAAAUCGGUGAGUGACCAGGAUAACUACAUCCCCUGUACGCUGGAGCCUGUGUUUGGAAAGAUGUUCGAGCUGACCUGCACCCUGCCUCUGGAGAAGGACCUGAAGAUCACUCUCUAUGACUACGACCUCCUCUCCAAGGACGAAAAGAUCGGGGAGACGGUCAUCGACCUGGAGAACAGGCUGCUGUCCAAGUUUGGGGCUCGUUGUGGGCUCCCACAGACCUACUGUGUCUCUGGACCGAACCAGUGGAGGGACCAGCUCCGCCCCUCCCAGCUCCUCCACCUGUUCUGCCAGCAGCACAGAGUCAAAGCCCCCGUGUACCAGGCAGACCGCGUGAUGUUUCAGGAUAAAGAAUACACCAUUGAAGAAAUAGAGGCUGGCAGGGUCCCGAACCCACACCUGGGCCCAGUGGAGGAGCGUCUGGCUUUGCACGUCCUCCAGCAGCAAGGCCUAGUCCCUGAGCAUGUGGAGUCUCGGCCCCUCUACAGCCCCCUCCAGCCAGACAUCGAGCAGGGGAAGCUGCAGAUGUGGAUUGACCUGUUUCCGAAGGCCCUGGGGCGGCCUGGACCUCCCUUCAACAUCACCCCACGGAGAGCCAAAAGGUUCUUCCUGCGUUGCAUUGUCUGGAACACCAAGGAUGUGAUCCUGGAUGACCUCAGCCUCACGGGGGAAAAGAUGAGCGACAUUUAUGUGAAAGGUUGGAUGGUUGGCUUUGAGGAACACAAGCAGAAGACAGACGUGCAUUAUCGGUCCCUGGGAGGCGAAGGCAGCUUUAACUGGAGGUUCGUGUUCCCCUUCGACUACCUGCCAGCUGAGCAAGUCUGCACCGUCACCAAGAAGGAUGCUUUCUGGAGGCUGGACAAGACUGAGAGCAAAAUCCCAGCGCGAGUGGUAUUCCAGAUCUGGGACAAUGACAAGUUCUCCUUUGACGACUUUCUGGGCUCCUUGCAGCUGGAUCUCAACCGCAUGCCCAAGCCCGCCAAGACGGCGGAGAAGUGCUCCCUGGACCUGCUGGAUGACACUUUCCACCCGGAGUGGUUCGUGUCCCUUUUUGAACAGAAAACAGUGAAGGGCUGGUGGCCCUGUGUGGCAGAGGAGGGUGAGAAGAAGAUCUUAGCGGGCAAACUGGAGAUGACCUUGGAGAUCGUAGCAGAGAGUGAACAUGAGGAGCGACCUGCUGGCCAGGGCCGGGAUGAGCCCAACAUGAACCCCAAACUCGAGGACCCAAAGCGCCCUGACACCUCCUUCCUCUGGUUCACCUCCCCGUACAAGACGAUGAAGUUCAUCCUGUGGCGGCGGUUCCGGUGUACCAUCAUCCUCUUCAUCAUUCUCUUCAUCCUCCUGCUGUUCUUGGGCAUCUUCGUCUACGCCUUCCCGAACUAUGCUGCCAUGAAGCUGGUGAAGCCCUUCAGCUGAGGACUGCCUGGCCCAGGACUGGCUGCUUCCUCUGCCCAGCUCAGCUGAGCUCCUCCAGACCUCCAGGCCUGACCGUCCUGCCAGGGUGGGCAGACAGACAGGUGGACUGGCACAUGCUCCAAGAGUUGGUAACAUCGAGCCCUGGGAUCACCCACUUUCAUCAUUUCUUCCUCCCCCAGUUCGACCCUUUUUGGGUCAGCCCAUGUGCAUUUCAGUAUAAAAUGGUUGGAACCUCAAA